AUGACCCCUGUGGCCUUCCAGAGUUCCAGAGUGCUACAGAUGUCACAUUCUACUAAGGUCAUAUUCUUCUACAAUCACAUUCUACUACAGUUGUUUUCUUUUACAGUCAUAUUCUUCUUAAUUCUACUACAUUCACAUUCUACUACAGUGCAAUCUACUACAGUCAUUUUCUUCUACAGUCAUAUUCCACUUAAUUCUACUACAUUCACAUUCUACUACAGUCACACUCUACUACAGUCACAUUCUACUACAGUCAUAUUCUACUUAAUUCUACUACAAUCACAUUCUACUACGGUCAUAUUCUACGACAAAAACAUUCUACUACAGUCAUAUCCUACUACAGUCAUAUUCUACUCAAUUCUACUAUAUUCACAUUCUACUACAGUCGUAUUCUACUACAGUCACACUCUACUACAGUCACAUUCUACUACAGUCACAUUCUACGACAGUCACAUUCUACUUAAUUCUACUACAUUCACAUUCUAUUACAGUCACAUUCUACUACAGUCACAUUCUACGACAAUAACAUUCUACUACAGUCACAUUCUACUACAGUCACAUUCUACUAAAUUCCAAUACAGUCAUAUUCUACUACAGUCACAUUCUACUACAUUCUACGACAGUCAAAUUAUACGACAUUCACAUUCUACUACACUCAUAUUCUACUACAGUCACACUGUACUACAGUCAUAUUCUACAACAGUCAUAUUCUACUACAGUCACAUUCUACUACAUUUUUCUAAAGUCACAUUCCACUACAUUCAUAUAUACUACAGUCACAUUCUACUACAUUCUACUACAGUCAUAUUCUACUCCAGUCACAUUCAACUACAGUCAAAUUAUACUGCAGUCACAUUCUACAACAGUCACAUUCUACUACAGUCACACUCUACUACAGUGACAUUAUACUACAGUCACCUUCUACUACAGCCAUAUUGUACUACAGUCAUAUUAUACUACAGUCACACUCUACUACAGUCAUAUUCUACCACAUUCUACUACAGUCACAUUCUACCACAGUCACAUUCUACUACAGUCACAUUCUACUACAGUUAUAUUCUACUACAUUCACAGUCAACUACAAUCAUCAUCUACUACACUCACACUCUACUACGGUCAUAUUCUACGACAAUAACAUUCUACUACAUUCUACUACAGUCACAUUUUACUACAGUCACAUUCUACUAGUCAUAUUCUACUCAAAUCUAAUACAUUCACAUUCUACUACAGUCACAAUCUACUACAGUCACAUUCUACUACAGUCACACUCUACUACAGUCAUAUUCUACUUAAUUCUACUACAGUCACAUUCUACUACAGUCACAUUCUACUACGGUCAUAUUCUACUACAGUCACAUUCUACUACGGUCAUAUUCUUCUACAGUCACAUUCUACUACAGUCAUUUUCUUCUACAGUCAUAUUCUACUUAAUUCUACUACAUUCACAUUCUACUACAGUCACAUUCUACUACAGUCAUAUUCUACUUAAUUCUACUACAGUCACAUUCUACUACAGUAACAUUCUACGACAAUAACAUUCUACUACAGUCAUAUUCUACUACAUUCACAUUCUACUACAGUCACAAUCUACAGUCACACUCUAGUACAGUCAUAUUCUACUCAAUUCUACUAUAUUCACAUUCUACUACAGUCAUACUCUACUACAGUCACAUUCUACCACAGUUACAUUCUACGACAGUCAUAUUCUACUUAAUUCUACUACAUUAACAUUCUAUUACAGUCACAUUCUACUACAGUAAAAUUCUACAACAAUAACAUUCUACUACAGUCACAUUCUACUACAUUCACAUUCUACUACAUUCUACUGCAGUCAUAUUCUACUACAGUCACAUUCUACUACAGUCAUAUUGUACUACAGUCACAUUCUACUACAGUCACAUUAUACUACAGUCACAUUCUACUACAUUCACAUUCUACUACAGUCACAUUCUACUACAGUCAAAUUCUAGAAUGCAGUCAGUCAGUCAGAAUAACGGACACAGAACAAGCCCCCCGUUCUCUCACUAUGGGACCUCUAUCUCUCUGAACCCAGGCCAGAGACACCCAAGGCUUUAUUUGAGUGAGCCAGCCAGUGCAUUCUGCUUGACUGGGGGAGAGGCAGGGGUGCAUAUGGGCAGAAGGUCAGAGAGGGAGAGAUGGGGGUUGAGGGUGAUCCCGAUGGUGGCACAUAGCGACCAAGUGUGUGUGUGUGUGUGUGUGUGUGUGUGUGUGUGUGUGUGUGUGUGUGUGUGUGCGUGCGUGUGUGUGAGCAUCAAAGCCUCAAGUCAUGCCACACUGCCUCAAAACCCUCCCAUCACCUAGACCUGUUGGCAACCUCUGCUAAGUGGGAAAUGUGCUUUGUGGUUAGAGAAAGCUAACCCUUCUCCCUCAUCCACACAAAGCUCUGGGGUUUACACAGAGAAAAGCACUCACAUCACAUAGAGACAAUUCACCCAAAAUAAUUCCCCCAGAGUGAUUCAUCCAUGAUGCCCUAUUACACAUUAAUGCUUACAGAAACUCAUCAAUUUGAAGAACCAUCAAAAAUGUGUUUUAUUGUCCGUGCUUUCAGAAAUGUUCAGCCAAUGAAAAACUGUAAGCGCAGAGGGGAAGUUAAACCUUUCUGAUGUCAUUGUGGGUGCCAAAGUGAUGUCACAUUCUAUUAGUCACAUUCUACCAGUAGUAGUAAAAUCAGUGGGGAAGUCAAGCCAAGCCAGUAAAAAAUACAUAUUAUAACCUACAGCGCAUUCGGCAAGUAUUCAGACCGCAUGACUUUCUCCACAUUUUGUUACGUUACAGCCUUAUUCUAAAAUGUAUUAAAUAUUUUUUUACCUCAUCAAUCUACACACAAUACCCCACAAUGACAAAGGACAAACAGGUUCUUAGAAAUGUUUGCUAAUUUAUAAAAAAUUAAAAACUGAAAUACUUUAUUUACGUAAGUAUUCAGACCCUUUGUUAUGACACUCCAAAUUGAGCUCAGGUGCAUCCUGUUUCCAUUGAUCAUCCUUGAGCUGUAUCUACAACUGUGGUAAAUUCAAUUGAUUGGACAUGAUUUGGAAAGGCACACAUCUGUCUAUAUAAGGUCCCACAGUUGACAGUAAAGCUAACAAAAAAGCAAAGCUAACUAAAGCAAAGCUAACUAAAAAAGCAUCAUUCCCCAAGAGAGGAUGGCUUUCACUUCAGCAGUGAUGAAUUCAUUAACUUCUUUGACGAAAAUAUCAUUAUCAUUAGAAAACAAAUUUCAACGGAGUCCUCUUUGAAUAUGCGUAUUUCUCCAAAGCCUAGUUGUCCUGAGUCAGCAUAGAACUGCCAGGACCUAGGAUCGAUGGAGACACUCAAGUUUUUUAAUCCUACAUCUCUUGACACAUUCAUGAAAAUAGUCAUGGCCUCUAAAUCUUCGAGCUGCAUACUGAACCCUAUUCCAACUAAACUACUGAAAGAGCUACUUCCUGUGCUUGGCCCUCCUAUGUUGAACAUAAUAAAUGGCUCCCUAACCCCCAGAUGUGUACCAAACUCACUAAAAGUGGCAGUAUUAAAGCCUCUCUGAAAAAGACCAACCUUGACCUGGAAAAUGUAAAAAACACUAUCAACCUAGAUCGAUUCUCUCAUUCCUCUCCCAAAAAAUGUUGAAACUCACUGCCUUCCUGAAGACAGAUCAUGUAUACAAAACGCUUCAGUCUGGUUUUAGACCCCAUAAUCGCACUGAGACUGCACUCUUGAGGGGGGUUAAUUACCUUUUACACUUUUCCCCCAAUUGUUUACACACUUAAAUUGGAACAUGAAACGCAAUCACCGAAACAUGAAACUCAUGUAACAAAUCCCUAAACCAAGUCCGCAAAAUUGCAAGUACAAUUCCUGCUUUACACUCAGUUGUCACUUCUAUCACACUUUUUGCAAAAAAUUACACACAGUUCUCUACAUUAGGCACAACAUUCAAAAAUAAAAUCUCUUUAGUGCCUUUGGAAAGCAAGGCCAAUCACAACGCCAAGCUCUAUAUACCAAUUGGCAACACCCACUCCUCACAGCUGUAAACACUAGUUGCUGAAUUGUUCACUUAGAAGUUUUAGCACUAGAAAAGGCCACAGAUGAGCUCUCCUGUUUUGGAGGAAAAUUGAAGUCAAUGGUGAAGCAAAAGCUAGAGGUGAAGGAGUGAGAGGAAGAGGAGGAUGAGGAAGGACAGUUGUCUCAGAUGAGAUCAGGGCCACAUUGGUUGUGCUCAACCAUGGUUUGAGUAUGAGGGAGGCUGGGCAGAGCGUUCAGCCCAACCUGAACCGCUACAUGGUUGCAUCUAUCAUCCGUACAUUCAGAAAUGAGAACUGGUAAGUUACCUACCAUCUACACUAUGCUCUUUAUGUAUGUAUACUGCAGUCCAACAUAUCAGUAGAUCUAUGUUACUCAGUGAUUGUUGGCCGAUGUUACAGUAAUGUAAUUUCAUAUUGAAAGAAAAUAUAUUAUUUUAUCUUACUGUAACCAAUCAUAUCAUAUUUGUGGAUCUUCUGCAGAACUGAGAGACGGCCAGGUCAUGGUGGAAGACACCGGCUGUUCACACCAGAACAGGAGACCGCUAUUGUGAACAUGGUGGUGGCAAACAAUUACCAAUAGACUACGAGAAAUCCAGAACCACAUUAUUGCAGACAACACAAUAUUCAAUAACAUUCACCAGGUGGGCUUGUCUACAAUGGACCGUGUGUUACAGUGCAACCGAAUCCAGAUGAAACAGGUCUACAGGGUGCCAUUUGAGCGAAACUCAGAGAGGGUUAAAGAACAGCGCUAUGAAUAUGUGCAAAGAGUCUUGGAGCUGGAUGCCGCUGAAAUUCAGCACAUUUAUAUUUACAUUGAGGCCGGCUUCAACCUAGCCAAAAUAAGGGGACGGGGACGGAACAUUAUUGGCCACCGUGCCAUUGUGAAUGUCCCUGGAUUGUGAGGGUGUUGGUGAAUGGAAAAAAAUGCAGAGUCAGGCGCAGGACACAGAUAUGAGUAUAGUCCGAAAGUUUACUCAAAAAUAAAGAUAAUGUUCCAACAAGGAAAAACACAAAUAAUCCAAAGCACAAGAACACGAACCCACAUGACAAACAAUAAUGCACAAAACAGAGAGGGAAGCCAGAGGGUUAAAUAAGGAACAUAAUUAAUGGAAUAGAAAUCAGGUGUGUAUGAUGAAGACAAAACCAGACGAAAAUGAAACAUGGAUCGGUGGCGACUAGAAAGCCGGUGACGUCGACCGCCGCCCGAACAAGGAGAGGGACCAACUUCGGCAGAAGUCGUGACAUGGAUAGCGUGGAGGGAAUAUCACCAUGUGCGCAGCCGUUAGCCAGAAAGGCAUCCUCCAUCACCAUGCCAACCUUGGUCCUUACAACACCGCCCUUCUCAUCACAUUCUUAACACACUACAUGGCAUCCUCAUUCCAGCCGAGCAGAGGGGUGGACCAGAUCAGCCCAGGUAUGUUGUCAUCUGGGGCGACGUGAGUUUCCACCGGGCUGCUCUGGUCCACAACUGGUUCAUCGACCACCCACAAUUUAUUGUUCUAUACCUCCCACCAUAUUCCCCAUUAAACCCAAUUGAAGAGUUUUUUCCCGGCACGGCGAUGGAAGGUGUAUGACCACCAUCCCCUCGCACGCAUGCCUCUUCUCCAGGCAAUGGAGGAUGCGUGUGGUGAAGUUGAUGGGGGGGCUUUCGGCGGCUGGAUCCGUCACUCCAGAAGAUUCUUUCCCCGCUGUUUAGCCAGAGAGAACAUCGCUAGUGAUGUAGAUGAGGUGCUGUGACCAGACCAAAAUAGGAGGCAGGAUGCAGCCUAAUGUAUUUUUCUUACAUUUGGCUUGUGUUUUUGUGUUUAAACAAUUGUGGAAAACUGUAAUGACGUCAAACCAAGGCUCUGCAUCUGUCCGCGUGCUCCAAGACCUUAGUGCUGCUUUUGACACCAUCGAUCACUACAUACUUUUGGAGAGAUUGGAAACCCUAAUUAGUCUACACGGACAAGUUCUUGCCUGGUUUAGAUCUUAUCUGUCAGAAAGAUAUCAGUUUGUCUCUGUGGAUGGUUUGUCCUCUGACAAAUCAAUUGUACGCUUCGGUGUUCCUCAAGGUUCCGUUUUAGGACCACUAUUUUUUUCACUAUAUAUUCUACCUCUUGGUGAUGUCAUUCGGAAAGACAAGUUCCACUGCUAUGCAGACGACACACAGCUGUACAUUUCAAUGAAACAUGGUGAAACCCCAAAAUGUCCUACCCUGGAAGCCUGUGUUUUAGACAUAAGGAAGUGGAUGGCGGAAAAUGUUUAAUUUUUGAACUCGGACUAAACAGAAAUGCUAUUUCUGGGUCCCAAGAAACAAAUGUAUCUGCUGUCGGAUCUGACAAUUAAUCUUGAUGGUGGGAUCUGACAAUUAAUCUUGAUGGUGGUACAGCGUCUCAAAUUAAAC